GCCCUGCGUUUUGUCUCCUUGCCCUGUCUUUCCAAGUAGCAGUAUUUAAUGCUUCCGACAUUUCAUCUUCUUCUUCACAGGCCGACAAGCCUUCCUCCGAUGCCUCCCCUUCCUCUCAUUUCUUGAAGGAUGUAUUGAAGUCGAUUUCGUUGAAGCAGAGCCGGGAUUGGCAAGAAAUCAGGGUUACUAAUUUGGAUGUUAGAAAGGCAAGGGUUGGAAGUGCUCAGAGAUGCGAACUUCGGCUCCCGUUUGGGAAGAACGACUGGGUGUUCAAAUUUUUAGAUGAGGUGCAUUCGUGGAGAAAACUUACGAAAAGAGGUGAAUUUAAAUCUUUAUUUGAUGAAAUUAGUUCGAAGACUCUGCUUAAUGCAUUUAAGUUGGAGGGACCGUUUGAACUAAGAGUCGAUGGGGAUGACGAUCUUUCGCUAGUGUUGCCGAUGAACAAAACAAGUACUGGUUUGAAACGAGUGCUAGUGGGGGAAGGAAUUACAAUAGAGGUAGAAGGAGCUCACGAAGUCUCCCUGUUUUACACAUCUCGUUUUGGCUUACCCCUCAAUGGAAGUACAGAGAUGAAUGAGAAUAAUAGCCAUUUUUGGACAUUUUGGAACUCCUUGUGCAUGCCAUUACUUCCAAUACACAUUUUAGGGUCUGCAUCACUAGUUGCCUACAAGACUCAUAGUCCCAGUGCCUACAUUGAAACUACUUUCCCUGCUCAGGACAUGAUUGAGUUGUUGCCAGAUAAGUGUUACGGAAAAUAUCACCUCAAGAAAUGGGCAUGCCCCAUUGACUCCAUGAGUCCAAGGUUAGCUGUACUAGAAAAACUCAUAAGGAGAAUAUUUGGCGACAGGAUGAUCCACAGUGGUGUUUUGAGUUUCCUCAAGGCCAAAGUUACAGCGUCAACAGUGGUUCACUUCCAAUUGGAACUUGAAAGAGAUGUGAAGGACAAUGACAAAGUCGGGGGUACCUUAGCAGAAUGGAGAACAAAGCUUAAUGGUUGAACGGGCCUGGUUUGAGGUAAUGGGAAGAGUGGAAUCAGAGAGACUGAAGCCUCUCGUGGUUAAAAAGGUGAGGCCUUUCAUAGCUGCAGAUUCUGCCACAUGGAGUAAUUUAAUGUCAAAUAUUUCCUUCACAAAAUUCCCAUCUGCCCUUGUCCCUCAAGAGGCUCUAACAUUAGAUGUGAAGUGGUAAGAGGAAAUACUUGUAUUAUUGUCUAUAUAUUUGGAAAUAGUUACACAGAGAUGUCAAGGAAAAUGCUUGAUUUGUGUCAGAUUUGUAGAGUGGCAUUCCUGUUAGGCAGUUGUACAUGUAAAUAAAAUCUUCAUAUGCUAAUUAUCUAUCUAUUGUGUUGGUUUACUAUA